GUCACACUUCUCAUCACACCACCUACGACCAUCUGCACUCGGAAUCUUUGUUCCUUUUUCCCCCUUUUCCGCCUAGGUUUUCUUGCCCGCGAUCUGCCGGAUUGGCGAAUUUUCCGAUCGAUCCUUGAUGGAUUGGAGUAACGUGACGGCUGAGGAUCUGGUGGAGGCGUUGCGAGAAGUGGACUGGUCCACGCCGCCGCGUCCCUUCUCGGAAUUCUUCUCCCGAUUCACCGUCCCCCGCUCCCAGACCAAAUGGACCAGUCGCCUCAAGUGCAAUCUCUACUACUACAGGACUAAUUAUUUCUUGAUGAUCAUACUCAUUCUUGGGAUGGGAUUUCUUAGGAGGCCGCUUGCUAUUGUUGCCGCACUGACUACUGCUUUGAGCAUAGGGCUUCUGAAUGAUAGUUUUGCAGCUACUUUCAGUGAAAAGAUCACAAGAACUAUCAGGCAGUUUUCUCCUCAUUUAGCUGCUAAACUUAGAGCUCCCCUUGCGCCUGUUAUUCGUGGGCGCCCUUCUACAAAACGAGCAAUAUUUAUAUGUGGACGGCCUCGAUGGGUAUCUGUUUUGGCAUUUUCUGGAGUUAGUUUCUUCCUAUGGAUUGUUUCUUGUGGUGCUCUUAUGGUCUUGUGGGCACUUGCUAUUGGCCUUCUCGCUACAUUGCUUCAUGCAAGCUUUAGAACACCAAACCUGAAAGCUCGUCUGAACACAUUCCGCGAAGAAUUCCGUGCUGUGUGGCGCAAUUAUAGUGAUCUGUAGCAUGGCUGAGAAAAUGUGCAUGGUGUUGUCUACAAGGAUACCACUUGGUUUCUCCAUCUGACAAAUUUCAAAGCACAGACUGCUACAAUCUACUCAUUAGUACUUUAGUAGGAUGCUGUAAAAAAAAUUUAGCUACUUCAUCCUUGUUAGGUGAAUGGGCGUCUUAAUAUUCGAUUUUAAACAAGUUUAGCUCCUUUGUUAUGUAAAUGGGCAUCUUAAUAAUUCGAUUUUGAGAAAUGUUCAAGGCUAUAUUUCAUACA